AUGGCUCGGUUCCUGACGUCUAUACAAGAGUUGUAUCCAGAGUCAGCUGACUAUAUGAAAGACAAGGUAUUACCUGGUGCUUGGUGCAUCAGAAAAUUUCUGGUCCACCAUUGCGAUGAUCCGUCCUCUUUUAUUUCAUUUUUGAUAACACAUGAUAAAGAGUCACUUGAAGAUGGGAAUGUCGAUGUUAGUAGUGACGAAGCGAUGGAAAUGAACCAAGCUGUGUAUAAUGAAUUUACAGAGAAAUAUCAAACAAUUCCAGAA